UCGAUGGGCCGCAACGACCUCCCGCACCCCGUGAGCGACGAAGAGUGGGCGCUGCGCUGCGAGCUCGCGGCCGCGUACCGCCUCUUCCACAAGUUUGGCUGGGACGAAGUCAUUUACGGCCAUUUGACGUGCCGCGUGCCCAACGGCGCGGACGACGCCGACGUCGAGAACGCGCACUUCCUCAUCAACCCGCUCGGCCUCCGGUACGACGAGAUCUGCGCGAGCAACCUCGUGACGAUCGACAUCAAGGGCAACUACAUCAACCGCGGCUCGACGGGCUGGGACAUCAACCACGCCGGCUACGUCAUCCACUCGUGCAUUCACGAGUGCCGCCACGACAUGAAGUGCGUCAUGCACUGCCACACGAUCGAAGGCUCGGCGGUCUCGUCGAUGAAGUUUGGUCUGCUUCCCAUCUCGCAGCUGAGCCACGUUGCCAUGAGCGCCGGCGUCUCGUACCACGACUACGAAGGCCUCGCGGUCUCGGAAGGCGAGAAGCCGCGCCUCAAGGCCGAUUUGGGCCCAGACAACAAGCUCUUCAUUCUGCGCAACCACGGGCUCCUCACGGGCGGUGCAACGAUCGCCGAGGCUUUCUUCUGGAUGUACUACGCCGUUCAUGCAUGCAAGAUCCAGGUCGCCGCGCUCUCGGCGGGCAUCGAGAACGUCUCGUAUGCGUCCGAGGAGGUCGCCAACCAGUUCAAGGUCGGCCUCCAGACGUUUACCAAGACAGGCGUCGGCGCCGACAUGUUCAACGCGCUCAAGCGCGGUUUGCCCACGGACUAUGAAAACUAGUGCGCUUCUCCUCGCCAGUGCUGUAAUACAUCGUCUUUUCUCCUCUU